AUGGCUAUCACUAUUGGUAUUAACGGUUUCGGCCGUAUUGGUCGUCUCGUCUUGAGAGUUGCGCUUUCCAGACCUGACAUCAAGAUCGUUGCCGUCAACGAUCCUUUCAUCGGCCCAGAGUACGCUGCUUACAUGUUCAAGUACGACUCUACCCACGGUAAGUACGCCGGCGAAGUCUCCCACGAAGAUAACGCUUUGAUCAUCGAUGGUCACAAGAUCAAGGUCUUCCAGGAACGUGACCCAGCCACCAUUCCAUGGGGCGCGGAGGGUGUUGACUACGUCAUCGACUCCACUGGUGUCUUCACCACCUUGGAAGGUGCCCAGAAGCACAUCACCGCUGGUGCCAAGAAGGUCAUUAUCACCGCUCCUUCUGCCGACGCUCCAAUGUUCGUUGUCGGUGUCAACCACGACAAGUACACCUCCGACUUGAACAUUGUGUCUAACGCUUCUUGUACCACCAACUGUUUGGCUCCAUUGGCCAAGGUUAUCAACGAUGUCUACGGGAUUGAGGAAGGUUUGAUGACUACUGUCCACUCUAUCACCGCCACCCAGAAGACCGUCGAUGGUCCAUCUCACAAGGACUGGAGAGGUGGCCGUACCGCUUCCGGUAACAUUAUUCCAUCCUCCACCGGUGCCGCCAAGGCUGUCGGUAAGGUUAUCCCAGAAUUGAACGGGUUGCUUACCGGUAUGUCCUUGAGAGUCCCAACCGUCGAUGUCUCCGUCGUCGAUUUGACCGUCAAGUUGAAGACCGCCACCACUUACGCCGACUUGUGUGCCACCAUCAAGAAGGCUUCUGAAACCGAACUUAAGGGGAUCUUGGGUUACACCGAGGACCAGGUUGUCUCCACCGACUUCUUGGGUGACAACAGAUCCUCGAUCUUCGACGCCAAGGCCGGUAUCUUGUUGUCUCCAAAGUUUGUCAAGUUGAUCUCUUGGUACGACAACGAAUUCGGCUACUCCACCAGAGUCGUCGACUUGUUGCAGCACGUUGCCAAGGUCUCUGAGUCCGCUUAA